AGUAAUGGAGUUCUCUUAUAGACUUUCUCCAUUGCUUUUGUUUUUCUUUUUACUUCAAACAUCUGCCAUUCCUACCAAAAAGUCUUACAUUGUUUAUUUGGGAUUGCACUCGUUCGGAUUGAACCCUUCAAAGUAUGAUGUUCAACGCGCGACAGAGUCGCAAUAUGAUAUCUUAAGUUCAGUCACGGGAAGCAAAUUGGCAGCCAAAGAAUCAAUUAUGUAUUCGUACAGUAGAUACAUUAAUGGUUUUGCUGCCGUACUUGAUGAAAAAGAAGCCAUGGCUCUUGCAAAGAAUCCAAGCGUGGUGUCGGUUUUCGAAAAUAAGGAAAGAAAAUUGCAUACAACAAAAUCAUGGAGUUUUCUUGGGGUGGAUAGUGAUGCAGGAAUUCCCUCAAACUCCAUUUGGAAAGCUGCAAGGUUUGGGGAAGAUACAAUUAUAGGCAACCUUGACACGGGUGCUUGGCCAGAGUCCAAGAGCUUCAAUGAUGCAGGCUAUGGCCCUGUUCCUUCAAGGUGGAGGGGAGCUUGUGACGGUGGCGCCAACUUUCGUUGCAAUAGGAAGUUGAUUGGAGCAAGAUAUUUCAACCAAGGAUUUGCAAUGGCCAAUGGUCCUCUCAACGUUAGCUUCAACACUGCAAGAGACAAAGAAGGCCAUGGUUCACACACUUUGUCCACAGCCGGAGGCAACUUUGUCCCCGGAGCCAAUAUCUUUGGCUAUGGCAAUGGCACUGCAAAAGGAGGUUCCCCCAAAGCUCGUGUUGCUGCCUACAAGGUUUGCUGGCCUGCGCCUACUGGCGGUUGUUUUGACUCCGAUAUCCUAGCCGGUUUUGAAGCCGCCAUAGGCGACGGUGUCGAUGUUCUCUCUGUCUCUCUUGGUACUGGAGCUCAAGAGUUUGCUUACGACGCCGUUUCAAUUGGGGCAUUCCAUGCCGUUCAAAAAGGAAUCGUCGUGGUUUGCUCUGGAGGAAAUGACGGCCCAUCUCCUGGAACUGUAAGCAAUGUAUCUCCUUGGAUGUUCACUGUUGCAGCUAGUACCAUCGACCGAGAUUUCGCCAGUUAUGUCCUACUCGGAAACAAGAAGCAUAUCAGGGGUUCAAGUCUUUCAUCCAGUGGAUUGCGAGGUCGUAAAUUCUAUCCUUUGAUAAAUGCUAUAGAAGCAAAAGCUGCAAAUGCAACAGACAGCCUUGCGCAAUUUUGUGAACAGGGAUCACUUGAUCCUGCAAAGGCAAAAGGGAAGAUAAUAGUUUGCCUUCGAGGAGAAAACGCAAGGGUCGAGAAGAGUUUCGUUGUUCUUCAUGCUGGCGGCGUCGGUAUGAUUAUGGUGAAUGACCAGAAAGAUGGAUCAGGCACUUUGGCUGAUGCCCAUAUACUUCCUGCUACUCAUGUUAGCUACACCGAUGGACUUUCUAUCUCUCAGUAUAUUAAAUCCACCAAGACACCUGUUGCUUACAUAACCCAUGUAAAGACUGAGGUAGGAAUUAAACCAUCACCUGUCAUGGCUGACUUCUCAUCAAGAGGCCCUAAUUCCAUCACAGAGGCCAUGCUCAAGCCUGAUAUAACAGCACCGGGAGUGAAUAUAAUCGCAUCGGUCACGAUAGAUGCAACAGCAACGGACUCUCCAUUCGACACGCGUCGGGUUCCUUUCAACGUUGAAUCUGGCACUUCCAUGUCUUGCCCACACAUUUCAGGUGUUGCUGGCCUUUUGAAGACACUUUAUCCCACAUGGAGCCCAGCUGCUAUCAAAUCUGCCAUUAUGACUACAGCCAAAACAAGAGACAACACUCAGCGAACAAUAUCGGACACCGCCAAAAUGAAGGCAACCCCAUUUGAUUAUGGUGCAGGACAUGUUCAUCCCAAUAGUGCAAUGGACCCCGGCCUCGUUUACGACACGACAAUCGACGAUUACUUGAACUUCUUAUGUGCACGAGGCUACAACUCUGUAGCUCUCAAGAAAUUCUAUAACAAACCAUUUAUCUGCGCCAAAUCAUUUGCAAUCACAGAUCUCAACUACCCAUCGAUCUCGGUCCCAGAGUUGCGAAUCGGUGCCCCAGUAACAGUCAAUAGAAGAGUUAAGAAUGUGGGAACACCAGGAACAUAUGUAGCACGCGUGAAGGCAUCCCCGGCGAUCUCAGUUUCAGUCGAGCCGAGUACGUUGCAGUUUAAUAGUGUGGGUGAAGAGAAGGCUUUCAAGGUUGUAUUUCAAUACAAAGGAAAAGAACAACGUCAAGGACAUGUGUUUGGGACAUUGAUAUGGUCAGAUGGAAAACAUUUUGUUAGAAGUCCUAUUGCAGUGAAAUUGGGAUGA